AACGUAACACGUGUGCGGCGGCGAAAACGGUAAACGGCAGAAAAGUAGCAGCACUUUUUGCAGCUGCUGUCGGUGUGUGUGUGUACGGUGUGUUCCUGUUCCGUUGUAAAGCAGCAGCAGCGCUCGCUCGUCUAGCAGCAGCCCCCCAGAAGCCCGGACCAGCCAGAGCAUUAAACAACCCAACAAAUGCAAAUUGGUUUCAAUUCUUCUUGUGCGUGACACGUUCUUUUUUUUAAAUCAUCAAUUAAAAGCACAACACACAACAUUCAAGGCGACAAAUCAGUCGGCAAAUAUUCUAGACAUUUUGAUUUAGGCAAACCCUUAAGCUAGAGAAACUCACACCCACAACACACAAAAAUAAAAAGUAUUGUUUUGUAAACGUUGUUGCAAGUUUUCAAAUUAUAAAAAAAGAGAGAGAAAAUGCCGUCGGACGCUAAGAAACGUGAUGCGCAACGCAAGAAGGAUGCACGCAACAAGAAGAUCCAACAGAUCCCAUCCACGAAGAAGACAAAUGGCACCACCAACGGUGUGGAGCGCGAACUGACCGAGGAGGAGAAACUGUGCGCCAAACUGGAGGAGGAGGCACGGAUCAGUGCCGAGGCACGCUCCUGCACCGGCUCCUUGGCUGUGCAUCCCCGAUCGCGUGAUGUUAAGAUUGCCAACUUCUCAAUUACCUUCUUUGGCUCCGAGCUGCUGCAGGACACAAUGCUCGAGCUGAAUUGCGGACGACGUUACGGUCUGAUCGGUCUCAAUGGCUGUGGCAAAUCAUCGUUGCUGGCGGUGCUCGGUGGCCGUGAGGUGCCAAUACCGCCGCACAUUGAUAUAUUCCAUUUGACACGCGAGAUACCGGCCAGCUCAAAGAGUGCCCUCCAAUGCGUCAUGGAGGUGGACGAGGAGCGCAUUAAGCUCGAGAAACUCGCCGAGGAGCUGGCCAUGAGCGAUGAGGAUGAUGCACAGGAGCAGCUCAUCGACAUCUAUGAGCGUCUCGAUGACAUGUCUGCCGAUCAGGCCGAAGCCAAGGCGGCGCGUAUUCUCCACGGUCUGGGCUUUGACAAGGCCAUGCAACAGAAGCAGGCCAAGGACUUUUCCGGUGGUUGGCGCAUGAGAAUCGCGCUGGCUCGCGCUUUGUUUGUCAAGCCGCAUCUGCUGCUGCUGGAUGAGCCCACAAAUCAUUUGGAUCUGGAUGCGUGUGUGUGGCUCGAGGAGGAACUGAAGACGUAUAAACGCAUCUUGGUGCUCAUCUCGCAUUCACAGGAUUUCCUCAACGGUGUCUGCACGAACAUCGUUCAUUUGACCAGCAAACGCUUGAAAUACUACACUGGCAACUAUGAGGCAUUUGUCCGCACACGCAUGGAACUGCUCGAGAAUCAGAUGAAACAGUACAACUGGGAACAGGAUCAAAUAGCGCACAUGAAGAACUAUAUUGCACGGUUCGGUCACGGCUCCGCCAAGCUGGCGCGUCAAGCGCAGUCCAAGGAGAAGACACUCGCCAAAAUGGUGGCCCAGGGACUCACCGAGAAGGUCACCGACGACAAGGUGCUCAACUUUUACUUCCCGUCGUGCGGCAAAGUGCCGCCACCUGUGAUCAUGGUGCAGAAUGUGAACUUCCGCUACAACGACGAGACGCCCUGGAUCUACAAGAAUCUGGAAUUUGGUAUCGAUCUGGACACACGUCUCGCUCUGGUGGGUCCCAAUGGUGCGGGCAAAUCGACGCUGCUGAAACUGCUUUAUGGCGAUCUUGUGCCCACCUCUGGCAUGAUCCGCAAGAACUCGCAUCUGCGCAUCGCCCGCUACCAUCAGCAUCUGCACGAACUGCUCGAUCUGGACGCCAGUCCGCUCGAGUAUAUGAUGCGCGCUUUUCCCGAUGUCAAGGAGAAGGAGGAGAUGCGUAAGAUCAUUGGACGAUAUGGUUUGACGGGACGUCAACAGGUUUGCCCCAUUCGCCAGCUGUCGGACGGUCAGCGUUGUCGCGUUGUCUUUGCCUGGCUGGCAUGGCAGGUGCCGCAUCUGCUGCUGCUUGAUGAACCUACCAAUCAUUUGGAUAUGGAGACCAUCGAUGCUUUGGCCGAUGCCAUCAAUGAUUUUGAUGGUGGCAUGGUGCUAGUUAGUCACGAUUUCCGUCUCAUUAAUCAGGUGGCCGAGGAGAUUUGGGUGUGCGAGAAGGAGACGGUGACCAAGUGGAAGGGCGGUAUUCUCGACUAUAAGGAUCAUUUGAAGAACAAGAUCACCUCCGAAAACGAGAAGAAGGCCAAGGCGGCGAAAUAAAUUGAUAUUCACAAACACAACAACACUGCACAACACAUCCAUCCACACACAUCCACAUAAAAUACAGUGAAACAAAACAAACAGACAGACAGACACUUCACAACCUCUCUAUCUCUUUCCAAAACGUUUGCCCAACCCUGCCGCUUGCGGAGCCCUGCGAAUUGUGUAUGUUAUAUGCGCAAUUAGUUUUCUGUUUGCACUCACAGACACUCACACAUACACACACACACGUACAUGCAACAACUACAAAUUUCUAGGUGAAUUUUUUUGAUUUUCAGUGUCGAUUUAAAUUGAAUAAAAUGUGAAAAGAAAAAACCCAAAUUACAACAUUCAAACUACAA